CGCAUGAUGGUGCUGAAGCCGGAAUUCCUCACGCGCAAGGCCAUGAUCUACGAGUGUAGUGACCGGUGUGGGUGCAAUGCGGGAUGUUGGAAUCGCGUGGUCCAGAAUGGACGUACCGUGCGGUUGGAGAUUUUCUAUACCGGGGAUCGUGGGUUUGGCCUCCGCUCACCAGACCGUAUCCGCGCCGGCCAAUUCAUCGACUGCUACACAGGCGAAGUGAUCACCACCACGGCCGCUGAUCUCCGUGAAGCGGCUCACACAGCGCACGGCGCAUCCUACCUCUUCAGUCUCGAUUUCUUGAACGGCCAGUACGAAGACUAUGAGGAGGACUCCAACAACGACGAAGAUGAAGCCGACGAAGACGACGACGAAGCCACCGAGUCCGGCUGCAAGUAUGUGAUCGACGGGCGUAACUUCGGCGGCCCGACUCGCUUCAUCAACCACUCGUGCAACCCGAACUGCCGCAUGAUCCCUGUCUCUCGCAACCACGCCGAUCGAGACCUGUACGAUCUGGCCUUCUUUGCCCUGCACGAGAUCCCGCCGUACACGGAAUUGACCUUCGACUAUAAUCCCGGUUCCGACGGCGGCGGCGGCGUCGUCAAGAACGCCAAGAUCGAUCCCAGUGCGGUGCGGUGUCUCUGCGGCGAGGCGAAUUGUCGGGGCCAGUUGUGGCCGAAUCAGAGGAAGAAGGGGGUGCGGUGAGAUGAACAGCACAGCCGAAUUUGUUGGUCAUUCACCUCGUCUUCUUUGCUGCCUGCUUGCAUGCCUUGAAACGGAACCUGCUGCGGAGCACCUAGUACUUUGGCAACAUUUCUAACGGGUCAAGCAUUGUGAUAUUCCCCUGAGGCGUUUGAGCCAAAUGACCUUCUAUUACAGGUACAGCCUGCGCUCAAGACAGAAAAGCGUUCAUACAUACAUCUUGUAUGUCCAGACGUCUUCUGAUACACCGACCUUGUUUUAUUCCCUUUGAUCUGGACAUCCACCUCUACUGUCCUUGUCCACUCAUAUGUGCAUAGACCUUCCUAUGGCGCGGUGUUCAUAGUUUCACCAGUUCAAGACACACAUACGCAUACACACAACCUUGCACAUUUUACCCUUUUGCACAUGUU